AUGGCGCCACAGAAAGUCUACAUCCACCUGCUUGCCAUCCCGCCCGGCAGAGUCAGCACCUACGCCGCCAUUGCGAAAUCCCUCUCCAGCAGUCCCAGAGCAGUUGGCGGGGCGUGUCGCAAUAACCCCUACGCACCAGAGGUGCCCUGCCAUCGGGUGAUCGCAAGUGAUGGUUACGUCGGCGGGUUCAAGGGCGAUUGGCAGAAAGCACCCAGCGGAGUGAAUCAGACUAUGAAGUUGAAAUUGUUAAGUGACGAGGGGGUCCAGUUCACGGAAGGAAGGCUUGUGGCAAAGGAUGUAUGGUUUACUGGGCCGUUCGACAUGGAGAAGGGCCAGACGGCGUUGAAGAUCGCGAUACAACAGCGGCAGAAGCCAAAGCACGGAUGA